UUUAGCAACAGAGGUUAUGAAUCAUUAGAGAAAAUUAUAUAUUAUUUAUUUAGUAUAAGUCUAUGGAGGAAGUAAUGAACCUCUCGUCGCAUUAGUCCCUUGUGUACUUUCUUGCUGACCGAUGAUUUACUGAUCAGACGGCCCUUGAGUGUAAAUUUAGCUGAGGAAACCUGCUAAGAAGCCAGUAAUAUGGAGGGCUCGAGUGAAAGUGACAAUAAAAAUACCGAAGAAAAUGCCAAAGACGAAACGUCUGAGUCAGAGUCUGAGAAAAAUAAGACGAGAGGACCCAUCACAACGACAACGAAAAAUGCCUUGAUAACAACCCAGCCGAAUCCCUGCGAUACUUAUCCCCACCGUCUGAAAGUGUCGAUAGUCGGCGCGGGAAAGAUCGGCGUUGCCUGCGCGAUCGCUAUUCUCAUGAGGAGAAUGGCAAGCGAGGUCUGUCUGAUCGACAAGAAUGCGGUGCGAGCAGAGGCCGAGGCUGAGGACAUCCGGCACGCAGGCAUCUUCUUGGGUAAUCCACUGAUCACCGGUACAGCGGAUAUGACGAUGGUAAAAGAAUCAACAGUUGUGAUAAUCGCUUUGGGAGAACCAGGUCCCGGGGAAUCUCCAAAUAUAAAAGAUAAUUUUGAAAUAUUCAAACGAGUUAUACCGGCAAUAGCCAAGUUUGCUUGUCGUGCAGUAUUCGUUGUUACAACACGACCCAUUGAAGUGAUGUCGUACAUAACUUGGCGACUAUCAAAGUUACCAUCAAAUCGUGUAAUCGGUACUGGGACUCUUGUCGACACAAUGAGGUUCCAGUGUCAUCUGGGUCAGAGACUCGGAGUCGCUAAUACUUCGAUCUCCUGCAUGAGUAUCGGCGCACAAGGAGAUUCAUCUGUACCAGUUUGGUCGAGUGCUCACGUCGUCGGACUUAAGUUACGGGAGAUAAAUCCAAAAAUGGGGGAAGUAAAUGACCCUGAGCGGUGGUAUGAGGUGACAAGCUUAGUGAGCGAGAUGGAAUCAAAGUUAGCGAGUGAAAAGGGUGAGAAAGGACCGAGCUGCUGGUGCUUGGCAUUGUCUACUGUUGAGAUUGUCGAUGCCAUUCUGAGGAAUACCAAGGUCGUGCUACCAGUCGCCACACAUAUUCACAGCUGCAGUCAUGGCACCGACAAGGACGUCUACAUGUCCAUGCCCUGUAUUCUUGGAACCGGCGGUAUGCUUCAACUGAUGAGACACAAACUAACCGAGGAGGAGAAAACUAAAGUACAAGCAUGCGCCGAUGGAAUCCGAAAUGUUCUGCGCGAAUGCGGGAUUCUUAUGGAACCACGCGACAAUGAUGACAAUGAUGACGAUAACGACCAUCAAUUGCUCUGAUAUAUUUCAUCAUUACCAUUAUCAUUAUCCUCACAUACGUAUACAUAAUAUGUAUAUCAUAUUAUCCAUCAUAUUCAUGAUUUUUUAUAAUCAUAUUUAUUAUAUUAUUAUUUUUCAAUUUAUUCCCCAUUGUAUCAACGACCUGUGUGAUCUUUUGUAAUUCAAUCUACAAUCAUAUUUUCC